ACUCUCUGCAUUGGCCCAGACCACGCUAUCCCCGGCUCUGGGCAGAAUAUAAAAGAAGAGCGCUCUAGGAUUUUGGUGUAGUGCCCCUUACAGCCACGAUGAAGCUCGUUGUUCUUGUCGUCCUGUGCUUCCAGCAGGUGUUGUCGGCACCUAAUCCACCAGCUGAUGACUUGGCCGUGAUGAAAGCCGACUUUGAUGCGUGCCUGCAGGAGACGGGAUCUACUUAUGAGGAGACCUUGGCCUGGGCUGACGGUGCGGAUGCCAGUGAAAAUUUAAAAUGUCAAAUAAAAUGUGCAAUGCUGAAGGCAAAGAAGAUGACGGAGGACGGCCAUUUGGUAUUGUCCACAAUGCUUGAACACGCGCCGCAUGAACACCAAGACUUGAUUCGCCAGUGUGUAGAAAUAGAGCAAGGAGGCGACGAUUUGUGUGACUUGGGUUAUAGACACCAAAAAUGUCUGCGAGAAAAGGCUCCUGAGUGGUAUGCGGAAAUGGUAAAAAAGAUUCUCGGUGCCGUCAACUAAAGCGGAGGAGGAUAAAAGAUUCUACGAUGCAUAAAUGAGACAGUUCCAUGCAAAGGCAAGAAUUAGUUUUUAAUCGAGUUUAAUGCUUGCCUUCUCGCCAAAAGGAGCAGACUCUGGUAUAUUGUAUUGGCCGAACUAGGGAAAAUAUCAAGACACAAUAAAAUGAAAAAUGCGAGCAUUUAA